CUUGUAUUAAUAGACGAUGAAUAGAUCUAAAGGUCAUGGAGGUGGAUCCUACAACAAGUUGACCCGAUCUAUUGAAAAUAAAGUUCUCAACUGUCUUGACUUGUAUAAGGCAGAAGGACAUAAGGAAUUUGCAGCCUAUGUUAUAUAUGAUUACUGCUUGAAGGUAGAUUCAUCCUUGAGGAGAAUAAAGAAACGUCAACUCGAAAUGGUUAUCGAAAAAGUACUUGAGGACAUGAGCAGUUCUGAACUAAGAUGUGAUGAACAAACAGAGACAAUAGAGGAUGAGGACGCUACAGCAGAGUAUGCGCUGGUGAGUAAAACUAAAGAGGAUGCAUUGGAGAGCACAGCUUGGUUAACCGAAUAUUUACCUCCGGGAUUAUUAAAUAAUUCUAUUCAAAAGCCUGCACAAGAAGAUAAUGCGAUGAAUAAGUCAGUUACAAACCUUUGGAAUAUACAUAAAAGCACGCCAUCUACAACACCGGUAGUAUCACAAGCGUCAUCAAAUCAAACAUUAGCUACUGCAUCUCCUAUAUCAGCUAUAGAACAACCAUCAGAGGAUCAAGCAGCCACUACAGUCGAACCAAAUGCAACCUCACCAGAAAACAACGUCGAUUCUACAGCAAAGUCAAAGAAACGAUCAAAGGCUGCGAAGGACGGCUCGUCAAAACGUCAUAAACCUUCCUCUGAGACUAGGGAUGCUCCUUUCAUACCUACAGCCAAAUUAUCAGACUUGGGUGGUAUUGAUCACUGCAUAGAGGAAAUUAUGGAGUUAAUUGCUAUGCCUUUGGCACAUCCCGAAGUAUAUAUUCAUACAGGUGUCCAGCCUCCCAGGGGUGUCUUGCUGCAUGGCCCACCAGGCUGCGGUAAGACAAAGUUGGCUCAUGCUAUUGCUGGCGAACUAGGGAUGCCUUUCUUUAACAUAUCAGCCCCAUCUAUUGUAUCUGGUAUGUCUGGAGAGUCUGAGAAGAAAAUUCGUGAAGUUUUUGAGGAGGCUAGAGACAACGCACCUUGCUUGUUAUUUAUAGACGAAAUUGAUGCUAUUACGCCAAAGAGAGAAACAGCACAAAGAGAAAUGGAAAGAAGAAUUGUAGCACAGUUACUGACUUGCAUGGAUGACCUAUCUUGGGAAAAGCUGAAUAACAAGCCUGUUAUGAUCAUUGGCGCAACCAAUAGGCCCGACUCUUUAGAUCCAGCUUUACGACGUGCUGGCAGAUUUGAUAGAGAAAUCAGUAUGGGUGUACCAGACGAAAAGAGUCGAAAAAAGAUUCUUCAAGUAUUAUCAUCCAAACUACGCCUUUCUGGUGAAUUUGACUUUGAUGAACUUGCAAAAGCGACACCGGGUUAUGUUGGUGCUGAUCUUCAGGCACUUAUAACAGCAGCAGGUGUCAUUGCUGUGAAACGCAUAUUUAAGCAUUUACGCUCUGUGGGCAUACUCAACUCGGAUAAAAAAGAAAUAGAUGAUAAACCAAGCGUGGAAAAUAUGACAACAGACAAUGAUAACCAAGAGGGCGGUAACCAGGGUGAAGAUGGUGCUUCAAUGGACAUUGACGACACGGUCGUUCAGGAGCAACCUAUACCAACUACGACCGUAGAAGAAUUUGAAUCUCAAACACCAUUAGAACAGAUAAGAAAUAUAUCAGAGUUUAUCAAAACACACAAGGAGCCCUUAACUGAAGCCCAACUCGAAUCUCUCGCAAUCACUCAAGACGAUUUUAAACACGCACUCAAAAAGGUUCAACCUUCAUCGAAGCGUGAAGGUUUUGCAACCGUUCCGGAUGUAUCGUGGGAUGAUAUUGGUGCUCUGCAGUUUGUACGUGAUGAAUUGCGUAUGGCCGUUGUUGAACCUAUCAAUCAUCCUGAAUUCUUUGAACGUGUAGGCAUUACUAGUCCUGCUGGUGUCUUACUUUGGGGUCCACCUGGUUGUGGUAAAACUUUAUUGGCUAAAGCUGUUGCUAAUGAAAGUAAUACCAACUUCAUUUCGGUCAAAGGACCUGAACUCUUGAACAAGUAUGUUGGUGAAAGUGAACGCGGUGUCCGUCAAGUAUUUGCUCGUGCUCGUGCUUCUGCUCCUUGUGUUAUCUUUUUUGAUGAAUUGGAUGCUCUUUGUUCUCGACGUGAUGAUCAACAAACUGACGCCUCAGCACGAGUGGUAAAUACUCUGCUUACAGAGUUAGAUGGUGUUGAAAAUCGCAGUCAAGUGUAUGUGAUCGCUGCUACAAACAGGCCUGAUAUGAUUGACCCUGCCAUGCUUCGUCCUGGUCGUCUUGACAAGCUUUUAUAUGUAGAACUCCCUACGCCCCAAGAGAGACAUGAUAUUCUUAAAAAACUUAGUAUCCGGACACCGCUCCAUCCUGAAGUUUCGUUGCAUAAUAUUGCUAAUGAUCCUCGCUGUGAAGGGUUCUCUGGUGCAGAUCUUGCCUCUCUUGUUAAAGAAAGUGCCGUUGCUUCCUUACGGUCUAGAUUUUACUCUUCUGGAUCCAUGAGAAUGGAUGCAGUGUUUUCUUCUGCUGAAGAAAUUUUUGUUACCAAGGAAGAUUUUGAUGUGGCAUUCACCAAAGUAUCGCCCUCUGUAUUACCUCAGGAUCGAGCUCACUAUGAGCGUUUAAGAAAGAAAUAUGGAUAAUUUGAAUAAACUUGCAGUCUUGAACUUGUCGGACUUUUAUUCGUUACGCGUUUUCGCGUUGAUUGCGCGACGUCCCUUUUUUUUCCUUCUUUUUAUUCCUUUAAACCAUG